AUGGUAGAAUAUGACCCUCCUGCACCUACAAUUACACAACGUGCCGCUGCACUCAAAAAGGCAAUGACAGAGGUUCGAGAUGCCCUUAAUACGCGUAACGGUCCUGCGUCUACAGCUGUACAUCUUCUGCCAAUAAAUUCGGAUGUACGCAUAUGGAGGGAAGGAAACACCGGCUACGCAGGAGAGUGGAAAGGCCCGUACAAAUUACUAAGUGUUGAGGGCGAGACGUGCACAAUUCAGUUUCCAGAUGGACCAAAGCAAUUCCGUACAACUGUUGUGAGGCUGUAUUACAAGGCACCGGAUGAGAACAACCAAGACACCAAUUCGGAGCAUACAAAUGAAGAGCCUGAGGCACCUUUAGGCACAAACUCAACACCACCCACACCUCAAGACGACGAGCCAGACACAUCUAUACCCCAGGCAAGGCCUGCACAGCGCCCCCAACGAAAUCGGCAAUUACCAGCCCGAUAUCGAGAUGACCUCAUACAAUCGGUAUUCGCUCAAUUCGACCAAUCACAAGAGAAAGAGAUCAACGGCCUAUUAGAAAAUGGUGUAUUCAAAGUGGUCAAAGUAGACGACAUCCCAAAAGGCACCCGAAUCUUCAAUUCGCGGUUCGUCAACGAGAUAAAGAAUUGGGGCACCGACAAGGCCUUUGAAAAGUCGCGACUAGUCGUACAAGCCUACAACGACAAAGGGAAAGAGAUCUUAACUACGCCCCUCGCUCGCAACUUCUACAUACGACCCCCUCCCGAACUCGUGCACCUGUUCCCUCCAGGCACAAUAUUGAAAGUUGUCAAGCCUUUGUACGGCAUCCCUGAAGCAGGUAAUCACUGGUUUCGAACCUAUCACUCACAAGGAUUUGGCAUUGUUGGCAUGCAGACCGAUGACACCCUCAUCCUCGCCAACAACACUUUUGCGAACCGUGAGGAGAAUGAGAUUAAACAAGCUAAUAUUCUUUGCAAACCACGAGAGAAGCUUACACCUUCGAACCCGUUAAAAUUCAACGGUGGCCUCAUUACGGAGGAUGCCCAGGGUACUACCCUUACCCAGGAACGCACCUGUAAGCUCAUACGGCCUGUACAAGAUCGACAUGCGGAUACAACGAGUUCCCGAGGCAAGGUCCGAAAGGAUGUAUCGCCGCAGGAACAAUAUGUGGCUCAGCGCGCACUUGGAGCCUACAUUGCCUCCGUAUCGCAGCCUGAGGCUUCCUUUGAUUUAUCGUUCGCUGCCCAGAUUACAAAUCCAACAAAAGACGAUAUCAAGUCACUUAAUAAGCGCCUCCAAUGGCAACUCGAUAACGCUGAACGUGGAUUACACUUCGUACACCUAGAUUUGGAUUCACUACGUCUUGUAAUCUUUGCAGACUCAUCCUUCGCAAACAAUAAGGAUUUCUCCUCCCAAAUUGGCUUUGUUAUUGUUCUCGCAGAUGCCGCAAAUAACGCAAAUAUUGUAUACUGGUCCUCAAUCAAGUGCAAGCGCGUCACAAGAAGUGUACUUGCUUCUGAACUUUAUGCCAUGGUUCAUGGCUUCGAUUCGGCUGCGUCAAUCAAAUCAACAACAACGCAACUUCUACAUCUUACCAAGCCCCUACCCCUUGUUAUCUGCACUGACUCGAAGAGCCUGUAUGAAUGUCUCGUCAAAUUAGGCACUACCCAAGAAAAGCGUCUAAUGAUUGACCUCAUGUGCCUCCGACAGUCAUACGAGCGCCAAGAAAUUGCAGAGAUCAAGUGGAUUGACGGUGAAAGCAAUCCAGCCGAUGCCAUGACAAAGAGCAAACCAUGUCGCGCUUUACAGGCACUUAUCGACACAAAUAAGCUUAAUAUCAAUGUGGAUGGAUGGGUGGAAAGGUCUACAACCCCUCCAACGAAAGCUACACCAAUUUCUUUGCUUUGUCAAUCCUGUACCGCUCAUCAUCCUAUCCCUAUUUCUUAG